UUCGCUUGUACAAGGUAACUAUAAUUCCGUAACAUUAUGUGAACCUACAUAUACCUACACAAGGUAAUUUAGUGAAGGUGUCUUGUUAGUUCAAACCGAUCGACGAUCCACAAUCAUGAUGAAUAAAGCAACAUGUAUUUCAACAAUGAUCGGAAAUAUGUACAUUAGGCAUUGCAGCCAAGCUUCAAGGUUUAAGGGUAAAGUAGCCCUUAUUUCGGGAGCCACACGGGGAAUUGGGUUGGCCACAGCAAGAAGAUUUGCACAAGAAGGUGCUAAAGUGAUCAUUUCCAGUAGAAAACAGAAAAAUGUUGACGAAGCAUUACAAACACUACAUAGUGAAGGGCUUGAAGUUACGGGAUUAGCUUCCCAUGUUUCCAAAGAAAGCGACAGAAGAGCUCUACUUUAUGAGGCAGAAAAUCUAGGAGGAAUAGAUAUUUUGUUUCAAAACGCAGGUGCUCAUCCUAAUCCGGGUAAAAUUGUUGACUGCACUGAAGGUAUGUGGGAUAAAACGAUGGAUACUAAUCUGAAGGCGUCAUUUUUUCUUGCAAAAGAAAGUUUGCCAUUAAUACAAAAACGAGGAGGAGGGUCAAUUAUCUUUAUGAGUUCAAUAGCUGCAUAUUCACCGUUCAAGGCUGGAGGUGCUGUAUAUAGUGUGAGUAAGGGUGGAUUACUGGUCCUUACUAAGGCAAUGGCAGGUGAAUUUGCAGAAUAUAAUAUAAGAGUGAAUUGCGUGGCGCCUGGUAUUAUCGAUACCGAGUUUGCAAGAAUACUCGGGCCACAUCUCGAUGAACUUUUAAAGACCGUGCCGCUAAACAGAUGCGGAAAGACGGAAGAUGUUUCUGGAGUUGUUGCGUUUCUAGCGUCACAAGAUGCAAGUUUCAUAACGGGAGAGACCAUUGUUAUAUCAGGAGGUAUGAUUUCGAGGAUAUAGACCGCAGAACAACACCGGUUGCAAUGUUAAUAAGGAAUUAAUUAAAGGUCAAAUGUGUA